AUGAGACCGCCAGAAGAAGAUUCCGCCCUUUCCGGCGUUGAUUUGAGCCAUUUGACGGAAGAAGAAAGACAGAUUAUCAUGUCUGUCACGAUGAGAGCGACUCAAGUGGAUCAAGAUAGAGAAGAAAAGAUCAGAGAGCUGGAAGAAGAAAUCGCAUCGAAGGAAAAGAUAAAAAGCGCCGACAACAAGCCAAAUAACGUAAACAAAUGCCAAUGCGGCUUACCCUCAAAUACCCGAUGUGCCUCCUGUCCAGACUCGAUCUGCCCGAAGUGCGCGAAAAUCUCCAAUGGAAAGAAAAUCUGCAAUCUUUGCCUAAAACGAAACGAUUUGGUCGCUCAGUCGAAUGAAUGGAUCAAGAAGCCGGGGCAAAUGAAGAGCUCGCAAAGCGACGUUCCGAAGAUGAAGACGGAUCAAGAUUUUCCAUCGACUCAGAGACGGACAAAUAGUCUUCACGGAAUGAACAACGCUAGAACUCCUCCUGGAAAUCCGCAAAAUUUGAAACCGACAAAUCCAAGCCCAAAUCCUCGUCCGCCUAAUCCAGGACUACCGGGUCAACAAGCAUCCCUGCAAAAGCCUAAGCCACUCCCCCGAGGGCGCUCGAUUGACAAGACGAACGAAAAUCCGAGCAAACCGGCUGAUCCGCAUUCUCAAGGGCAGCCUCCCGCGACCACGAGUAAAGUAAACCAGCAACAAAGUGAGUUGAAGAAGGAGACAACUAGUCAACCCGCCACAAAACCGCAGAACCCUCAACCCGCACCGUCGAACUCACCUCAACCACCGAGCAUUUUUAAGAGGCAACCGAGUUCGGGAAGCAUUGCUGGGCCUCCUCAGCCGCGAUCACAAGUUGCAAGUAGGCCACAACAAAAUCAAAAAGACAGUCAAAGAACAAGUUCCCAACCACCUCAGCCAAAAGCUAGCCAGCAGUCUCAACAGCCUAAUCAGCGAAAUCAGCCUCCUCAACAACGUCCUCCAGCGAGUCAACAACCAGCACCACGCCAGCAACCGCAGCGAGGAGGACAACAACAGCAGCCUCAGAAUCGAACUGUUCAGAAACCGCCGGAGCCCCAACCAAAAUCGAUCUUUAGCAGUAUUUUUGGAAGCGACCCGAUUCCAGCUAAUCCGCCUCCAAAGACUCAAGCUCCCCAAAACCGACCUCAAAAUCGAGCUCAAAAACAACCACCAAAAGAACCUUCAAAGCAAAUCUCGUCAUCGUCACUAUUCGAGCAAAGCAGUCUUCCUACAUUCGACUUGAUGCCGAGAAAAUCCGCCUCAGUAAGUUCGAACAUGGCAGAUUCUCAAGCUCCGGUUGGUCCCCCUGGGAAUUUGAAGAUAGAUGAGAAGAUCAAGCCGCCGAAUUACGACUUGUCGCCGCGUAAAGCAAAAUCAAUUGUUCCAAAGUCAAGUCAGCUCUCUUCACCUUCUCCAGGGCCAAAGAGCAUAUUCGAUACCCAGCCACCUUCAGUUCAGAGCAGCAAGUCUACGGAGCAAAAUCCUGUGAAAAUUGAUAGCAGCGCCGAUAAUCUGACGGAGAAGAAUAUUGACAAGAAAGCAGAGGCAUUGUCAAUCGUAUCAGAAAUCGAGAAAAUGAAGCAAACCGAAAAUCAGAGAAUGAAAUCCAAUUCUGGGCCUCAAAAACUCGGUCCCGCUGAAACAGGCUCCCUCAAAGACCACAAAGAAGCUCAAUUGAACAAAUUUAAUUCGAGAAUUUCCAACCAGCCGGUUUUCCCGCCCAACUAUUUAGAAUUCGACAGUUCUGAUUCAUCCCUCGGCUGUGACGAAGAUCUUGCGCUGCGAAAACGCGAAUUUUGUGAUUUUCCCGAGCCGAUGAAAAAGCUCGAGAGUCCAAAAAUUGGCGAGAAUAUGAGCGUUCUCGAGAUGGCGAGGCAGUUCAAUGAGAAUGACGAUUCUUUGCCCAGCUCUAGAAACGCAUUCCGGCACUUUGAUUUCGAGGACGAUGGAGAAGGGGAUUUCGAGAACUUCGGAAUGUCUUCUUCAUCGACUUUGUCAACAAAAGCAACUUACAGUGGGCCUCUUCCUCUGAGUCAUACUCUGCCAAAGUCGCAGUUCGACGUUCCUGUGUCAAAGAAAUACGACCAGUUUGGACGGCGAAAAUCCGACGACGAGGCUAAACCAAUCAAUGUCGCCAGUCACGAAUCGCUGAGGAAAACUGAGUCCCAACCGUUAGGAGGAAGCGCUGAUGCCUUGGACAAAGUGGCCCAGAGAGCGACGACCUCCUCCUCAAUGGUGAUGAAAAGGACAACUUCAUUUGAAGCACUCAAGGCAGUGGAUAGUUCAUACGGAUCCAUGAAACGAUCGUCUUCUCGAAAAAAGGACCUGACAGUCAUUGACCCUUCAAGCAUGGCGAUAACAAAACGAGGUGGCGCUGCUGACCCAGAUACUCCAAUCAAACGAGAUUCCCUGACUGGCACGCUUUCGAAAUGCCUAUUUUGCGGAAAAGGAGCGAUGGAAAAAGACUCUGAGUAUUCAAGCUCGCGAAGUAAUUUGAACAAAAUCGGAGCAGUUGCGAGAUCAAGUAUCGCGAUCCAAGUCCAGCCGGUUUCGCGAUCGAGUUUCACACAAGUCCAGGCUCAGCGAUUUUCGGAAGCAACGCAGACUUACCGCUCGUACGGAAUCGAUCAAGCAAUUCAAGUGCAAAUGUUGUCCGGCCAAUCGCAGCAACCGAUGGUUUCUCAGCCGCGAGUAGCCGAGCCACAAGCGCUUCAAAUAAAUCGAGCUCAAGGCGAGAGCGUUCCUCGGCGACAACGAGGACGACAUUUUUCAGCGCGCUCGAAUCGGUCCCGUUCAAGUUCGAAUUCGCGCGUUUCUCGUAGAUCAUCCGUUUAUUCUGAUAAUGAGGCGACUGAGGAGCUGAGCAAUUGUGUCCGAGAUCUUGUUCAGGAAGUGAGGGAACUUGUCAAUAUUUCAAGAGAUCCAAGUCCGAUUCAAAAUCACAGAUACGACCAACCUCAAAUGUCACCGAGUUUUCCGCAGCAAAACGCUCAGCAACAACAGCCAUUUCAACAAUCUCAGCCAGUAUUUCAGCCGAUAAUCCAGCCCCAAGUUAUCCCACAAAUGAUUCCAAUUCCUCAGCCUUAUCCGAUCUCUUACCCAUCGCAUCCACCACCGCCAGCACAUGUUACUUAUUAUUCCUCCCCGCUCAACCCUCAAAAUAACCACCCUCCAGUACACAAUCCCAACUUGCAGCCACAAUUUCAUGUUCUCCAACGUCCCGAUUCCCGACGCCGUCUUCCGGAACCACCAGCUGGUGUCGCUCCUGUUACACUCCAGCCGAUUGGUCAAGCGAAUGCUCUAGAACUGGAACAUCGCAUGCUAUCAAUAAAGCAACGCGUCGAAGCUCUGGAUAAAGAAGAAAAAGAGCUGGAUCACCGACUGAAGGAACUUCAACGAAAAUCGUGCACUGACCAAGGAAGAAGUCUGCAUGGAUAUGCAUAUCAGGAUAAACAUGAAGCGAGAUCAAGUCUGCCAGAAGCUCAACAAGAUCACAGAUUCCAAUAA